AUGGUUCCACGCCGUUCAAUUUAUGUGAUGCGCGGGGCUUCGCGCUACCUUAUGACGCAUGCAAUUUUAUCGAACCACGAGGUCAGUCAACUGUACGAAAAGCUUUCGAACCCAGUCUAUGCGGCUAUACGUAGCCGUCGAAUCUCUGUGAUUUGUCGCACUCGGGCCACGGAUAAUCUGAUCGAUUUAACAAAGCCGGAGACAGUUAAAUCCCCGUAA